CUACGUCCUUCCCCUACGUACAUUCUAUAUACCGUCAAUCACCAUGGGCGGAGGCGGCAAGAUCCCGUAUCCCAAGGAAGUCUGGUCUCCCGCGGGUGGCUGGUACGCUCAGCCCGCGAACUGGAGGGUCAACACUGCCAUCAUUGGUGCUGCAGUCAUUGGAAUCGCCGCCGUGACCUGGAGCAUCAGCGCUGACCGUGAGCAUCGCGACAAGAUGCCCGAGCCGGGCAGAUUCUUCCCCAGUCGCAACUGGAGCCGGCAGAUUAUUGAACACGAGAGGCAGCAGGCCGCUAAGAACGAGUCAUAGAUCGGCAACGGAAUGCAGAGGUAGUCCGGGGAAAAUGGACAACUGUGGUGGUUUUCUAUGGCAUGACAGGUUUUUGUUUCAUAAGAUUGUGGGCUGUACGACAAUAGAAGGGCGUUCUUCAAACGGUCAGUUGAUCUGAAAGUGCUUCUGGGGAGACUCUUCCAAUGUUCGAUACAGGCGCUGUGUGUACAGACGGACCCGUUCCGUGAACUCAGUUUCGUUCCAGAGCUCCCUCCCAUCGCUAUCUGUAGACAUGCGAGGCACUCCGAUCUGCUCCACCACGAAACUCGCCGCAACAGUAGCGAAAAUCAAGGCCGUCAAGACAUGGUUAUACCGUGCAUCAGUCUUAACUGCUUGCUGCCAUGCCGUAGAAUCUGCGAGCACCGACUCGACAAGAUUGGCCGGUUCCCUUCCUGCACUGGUCAUGCCUUGUGUUA